AUGUCUUCUGGUGGCAGCUCUUUCGCCGAUCUCACGUCUUCUCCUCGCCCCUCUUCCCAGGCUACUACGCGCGGUGGCCCUGCCGCAGUGUCGACCAUCGAUCUGGCCGAUUAUUCGCUGGAUCUCACCGCUGUACGCGCUUUACUGAGCGCAUUGCAGCAUGUCAUUGAUCAGACCGAGGCACUGCAUGAGCUUCGUCAGGAUCAAGAAGUUCUCCGCCGCGAGUUUCUCGGCCACACGACGUCGCCCAGAAGACUUGGAUCUCAGCACAAGUACGACGUAGUUCGUCCCCAGCUGGGCUUCACUCAGCAGGAGCUUACCGACUGUCUGAACUCGCUACAGGAGCAUCUGGACAACUCCCGCGAGCUUGAGGCUUGUCGUCUUCGAUAUCACGACCUGCAGCUCCGCGACGACGAAGCGGUUUCCGAAUUCCAAGACCGGAUUUCCACUCUGGAUGCACAGUUCGCCGCUGCCUCUUCUUUCGGGGUGAUUAUCCCACCCGAUACAGUUCACCACAUAGCCGAUCUGGAGCCCCAACUUGCGCGGUCCCACUCCGACUUGCAGGUUGCACGUGAUCGCCAGGCCUCUCUAGCCUCGGAACUCCGUAAAUCGGCCACUUCUCACAAGGCUACCCAGGCGGAGGUAGACCGCCUCGAGGCUGCGGUUGAGCGCAAGACCCGUCGCUUCCGUGCUUUGAGCGAGGGCUAUGAGCGCCGCUUGAAGGUGACCGACAACACGAUCGCUACCCACUCUGCCGAGCUCGCUCGUUUACAGGGCCGGCUUUCGACUCUGGAUCAAUAUCUCCAGCGCGUUCGCGCGGCGAUAUCUCAGCGUGACCAAGCCAGUGCAGACCGCAGCGUCACCCAGGAUCGUGUUUCAGCGGCUCGGAACACCAUCGCCCGACUGGAGAGGCGGAUUAAUCAGGUAGAGAAAUCCCAGAAGUCGCGCCAAGACCUCUAG